AUCCUCAAAAACAGAAUCAUUGUUUUUUCGAAAAUUAAAUAAACUCUCCGAUCAUUUUUUUUUUUCUCCUCCUUUCUGAACACGAAAAUUUCAUCAGGUUUGAUUGAGGCGAAAAAUGGAUUGGGGCACCGUAACCACAGAAGAUCUGAUCGAGGCUCUACGCGAGGUCGACUGGUCAUCUCCGCCGCGUCCGCCAUCUGAAUUCUUCUCCCGAUUUACUUUCCCCCGAUCUUCAUCCAAAUGGAACAGUCGUGUCAAGUGCAAUCUUUACUACUACCGGACAAAUUACUUCAUUAUGAUUGUGGCUAUUCUUGCACUGGGGUUUCUUAGGAGGCCACUUGCUAUUGUUGCUGCUUUUUUGACAACUCUUAGUAUUGCUUUCCUAAAUGAUAGUUUCGCAGGAACUUUCAGUGAAAAGGUGACAAGAACUGUCAGGCAGUUUUCUCCUCAUUUAGCUGCAAAAAUGAGGCCUCCACUCACGCCAGUUAUUCGAGGGCGUCCAUCUGCUAAACGAGCAAUUUUCAUUUGUGGAAGGCCUCGUUGGGUGUUUGUCUUGGUAUUCUCUCUAGCGAGCUUCUUCCUUUGGUUUGUUUCCUGUGGCCUCUUAACUGUCUUGUGGGCAUUGGCUAUAGGGCUUCUUUCCACUCUUCUUCAUGCAAGCUUUAGGACACCUAAUCUGAAGGCUCGCCUUAACACAUUUCGUGAGGAAUUUCGAGCUGUCUGGCGCAACUAUAGCGAGCUGUAGCUUCCACGGAAUCGUUUUCGUCAGUUGUGGAGACUUUGCUAUAUAGCGCUGAGCUUUAAUAGUGUGGAUGGUGCAAUCUAUAGUAUUUUUUGACGUGGCUGCUUUCUCAAGUAACAAUCUGCGAUAUCUGCAAAUCAGCCACAGGUUGUAAAUUUCCUUGAAUUCUUACCAUAUCGUAUGGUACUGACUUCUACCAUUCAUGUACGUCUAAAAAUUAGUUAUGGACAUAGGUGCACAGUAAGUAUUUCCUAGAAAGUUGGGGUCUGUAUUAGAAGUCUAUUCUUAAUGUCUUUAAGAAACUCCUUGCUACUCUUACUGUUCAAAAGUGCAGUAAAGCUGAGUUCAGUUUAAA